CAUGGAGCGCUGCCCCAGCCUGGGGGUCACCCUCUACGCCCUGGUGGUGGUCCUGGGGCUGCGGGCAGCACCAGCCGGCGGCCAGCACUAUCUACACAUCCGCCCAGCACCCAGCGACAACCUGCCCCUGGUGGACCUCAUCGAACAUCCAGACCCUAUCUUUGACCCUAAGGAGAAGGAUCUGAACGAGACGCUGCUGCGCUCGCUGCUCGGGGGCCACUACGACCCGGGCUUUAUGGCCACUUCGCCCCCAGAGGACCGACCCGGAGGGGGCGGGGGACCGGCUGGAGGUGCCGAGGACCUAGCGGAGCUGGACCAGCUGCUACGGCAGCGGCCGUCAGGGGCCAUGCCGAGCGAGAUCAAAGGGCUGGAGUUCUCCGAGGGCUUGGCCCAAGGCAAGAAGCAGCGCCUGAGCAAGAAGCUGAGGAGGAAGUUACAGAUGUGGCUGUGGUCACAGACCUUCUGCCCGGUGCUGUACGCGUGGAACGACCUAGGUAGCCGCUUUUGGCCACGCUACGUGAAGGUGGGCAGUUGCUUCAGCAAGCGCUCCUGCUCUGUGCCCGAGGGCAUGGUGUGUAAGCCAUCCAAGUCUGUGCACCUCACGGUGCUGCGGUGGCGCUGUCAGCGGCGCGGGGGUCAGCGCUGCGGCUGGAUUCCCAUCCAGUACCCUAUCAUUUCUGAGUGUAAGUGUUCCUGCUAGAACUCGGGGGCCCCCUGCCCGCUCCCAGACACUUGAUGGAUCCCCACCAACACCCCCCUUCCACUGCCUCCAACCAGUUUCACCACCCUCUAGCGAGGGUUUUCAAUGAACUUUUUUUUUCUUCUUGGCUACAGAGACCUGGCUUUCUGGUUCAUGUAAUGCACUGUUUAACUGUGUAGGAAUGUAUAUGUGUGUGUAUAUACGGUUCCAGUUUUAAUUUACUUAUUAAAAGGUCAGUAUUAUACGUCAAAAGUUACCCGGCUUCUACUGUAUUUAAAAAAAAGCAAAAGGAAAAAAAGAGCAGAGAAAAGAGAGACUUAUUCUGGUUGUUGGUAAUAAUGUUAACCUGCUAUUUAUAUCCCAGUACCCUUCGCAUGGCGAAGCAGGGGGGAAAAGUUAUUUUUUUCUUAAAAGUACAAAGAGAGGGGGAACUUUUGUAGAAGGACUUUUAAAACAAAAAGCUAUUUUCCAUUCUUCGGAAAGUGUUUUGAUUUUCCUUAGACCUCGAAGAAGUUAUAGAGUUCAAUGUUAUUUUACAGUUAUUGUAAAUAUAGAGAACAAAUGGAAUGACUAAUCAUUGUAAAUUAAGAGUAUCUGCUAUUUAUUCUUUAUAAUAUCCCGUGUAGUAAAUACGAAAGAAGUGCAGAACAGGA